UCAACUUCGGCAUUACAGCUGUUGAACUGUACUACACCUAACAAGUGGACGCCGUGGUCGAAUUGGUCACCCUGUGAACGAAAACGCUUUCAACGACGUCGACGUCGCUGUGAGAGCGCGCUGAGAAUCGACACGGUUUGUUUGGGAGAGAAAGUACAGAAACGAAAGUGCGAUCAAACACAACUGCGACGAUCUAAUACGCCUGUAAAUCCUAUUAACACGACUCUGCCUGAAUUCGUAUGGGGCUCGUGGAGUGAUUGGAACGAAUGGGGAAAUUCGCCACUGCAUUGGUCUGGCCUGUUCAUGGAUGCGAAGUGGGGUACAGCGAUUGUGAACGACCGUGUGUUACGGAGAGGUGGUGGAGUGAUUGGAGCGAAUGGGUCCGAGCAUUAUUUGCCAGUUCUUGACGUUUUAGGCGCGUCCAAUGUAUUCGAUUUCGAUUCUGGUGUCCUCAGCGUCGAUGGGUCUUCACUCACUGGCGUUACAGCCUCAAUGAAACAACUCCUGGCUGUUGAAGAUUUGAGCCAAUGGAGUGAUUGGAAAAUCAGGCCUGGUGUUGCCUUCCGGUAUCGGCUGCCGCCAGAGGUUUCGUUGCUGGAUUCAGAGGCAGCAAUAGAUAUUCAGUAUCAACUCCUUAUCAGUGCUUCAUCCACUCGUGUCACUCUGUCAUUUUGUUUAUACCUAGGUGCGCUGACGAUGAUUUCAGGCUUCUUUGCUCAGUGUCUAAUAUCUAAGCUGUUCGCCUCGUGCCGUACCUCCAAAACAUUCUUA